UAAACCCACGGACCCAGAACCCUGGACUGACCUCAAAGAUGUAAACACUACAGGAAAGAUGUGYCCUCAAAUUAAUCCCGUACCUUCUGCAGUGGAUGAAAAUUGCUUGAAUUUAAACGUGUUUGUCCCUGARGGAGCUGGUUCUUCACUGCCUGUAAUGGUAUGGAUUCAUGGAGGAGGGUUUAUUGCUGGCAGCAAUGAGGAUGGCAGUUACCUAGCAUCGCUUGGCGGGGUCAUUGUAGUAACUAUCAACUACAGGCUUAGCGUACUUGGGUUCUUGGCAACUGGUAAGGAAGCGGGCGACCUUAAAGGAAACUAUGGCAUGUUGGAUCAGGUUCAAGCGCUGACUUGGGUCAAAGAGAACAUAGAAAAAUUUGGAGGGAACYCUAAUAAUGUGACCAUAUUUGGAGAAUCUGCUGGAGGUGUCAGCGCAUCUAUUCUUGUUGUAUCACCGCUGGCUAACGRUCUUUUUCACAAUGCAAUUCUUCAAUCUGGUGAUUCGACUGCAUCAAUUUGGGCUUACAAAACAUACAGCCAGUCACUGGAGACAGCAAGACUAGUUGYCAAAGAGAGUGGAUGUCUAAAUAUUGCGUCCUUAGCUGACUGCCUGAAAGGAAAGACAGUGAAAGAGAUUGUAGAUGUUUCUGCAAAGGUGUCCCUUACUGAACGAUUACCGGUCUUCAGGCCCGUCAUUGAUGGAUCUCUUCUGCCAGAUGUUCCCGACUCUCUUCUCAGCGAUGGGAAGUUCAAUAAGGUUAAUAUAAUGCUAGGAAUAACUGAUGAUGAUGGUUCUGCCUUGGUUUCACAUGUACCAGGGUAUUCUUGGGGGCCCGAUGUAUCCAAAGGCGUCACUAGAGACAAUUUCACAAAUAUGGUUCUUGGCGAAAAAGCAGUGAAACUUGUAAACGAUCAAAAUAAGGUCAUUAGUGAAGCCAUUCUCUACCGCUAUACGGACUGGGACAACGUCACAUAUCGUUAUAGAAACAGGAGAAUGCUUCUCGACAUGUACACCGACAGCCUUUUCAUUGCUCCAGCGAUCAACACAGCGAAAUAUCUCGUGAAGAAUACCAUUAAGACCUUCUUCUAUCAGCUGCAGUUUCGAUUUGAUUUCUUAACUACCCUCCCUGUUCCACGGUGGUUAAGAACGUACCAUUCAGCUGACGUGUUCAUUAUUUUUGGUCAGCCUUUUAAGCAAGCACGUCUUAACAAUGGGUCAGUACACACUAGGGAUGCUAAUUUUAGUCGAAAGAUGAUAAAGAUGUGGACCAACUUCGCGAAAACUGGGGAUCCCAAUAAACCAGCCGACAUCGGUCCAGUGUGGCCACAGNUCGAUGCCUAAACCUUGGCAACCUCCUGUUGACAGCAGUGGUUCUACAGUCAUAAGUGGUGUAUUCAUGGCUCUCGUUCUACCUUGGUUUGUCUUGAAGGCGUUCCAAGCCACAUAAAAAGCACUCUCUUUAACCUAUCAAAAGCGAAAAGAAUGAUCAAGAGUGUUUCUAAUGGCUACAUAAUGUGAAUGAAGCUUCGUCGAAACGGCGUGGCAAAAUAUCGGCUAAUAAAAUCAAAACUAAAUACUGACAAAUAACGGCUAUUUAGAGACAAUUUGUCACUAUCAAUGAACCAGAACACAAUGAAGAUGAAUCUACAUGGGAUCAUUUUCAAUUUCGAUUAAUUCAUCUUGAUUGCGUUCUGGUUCAUCGAGACAGUUGUUCUCUAAAUAGCCUCUAUUUGUUAGUAUUUGGUUUGAUUAUUUAUUUCA